AAUACUUAAUUGCUAUUGCUUGCUUUUUGAAUAUUUUAGUAUUAUAAAUUAUACCAACUAAGUAAAACAUUAAAAAAAUUACCAGAUAAAUUCACAUUUUAUGAAUUUGUGAGUGAAGCAUUUUUUUCUGAAAUGAAAUAUCGAAUUUACUUUUCACUUAUUUUGUCAGUAAACAGUUCUUAUUUCCAUAAUAUAGUUUUAUAAUUUAACCUACUUUGAUCUCAUCUUCUACAUUGUUCUCAUCAAAAUUAUUUUAAAAUAAAAAAGUUGUUAUUUUAACUCUUAUUAUGUAUAUCAUACAUGAAGGAGAAAUAUUACUGAAAGAAAAAUACGGCUCUACCUCAAAGGAACGUUUCUAUGUAAAGCCACCAGAGCAAGGAAAUAUUGUAAUAGUGGAUGAUGAAAAAUUGAGUGAUGUGCUCGGCUGGUUCACAAGAGUUUUCCUGCCGCAGGGCUAUCCUGGUAGUGUUAGCAAGGAUUACAUAUCCUACCAAGUUUGGGACACUGCUCAGGCUUUCUGCAGUACUAUUACAGGUAUCUUAGCUACUCAAGAAGUACUACGAGGUGUCGGAGUAGGAGAUACCAGUGCCACACCUUUAGCAGCUACUGUCACCUGGGUAAUAAAAGAUGGAUGUGGACACCUAGGAAGAAUUUUGUUUGCAUUUAGCCAUGGAACAUAUUUAGAUGCUUAUAGUAAAAAAUGGAGAUUAUAUGCAGAUACAUUAAAUGAUGCAGCAAUGUGUAUUGAAAUUGCUUUGCCAUUAUUCAAGAACUAUACAACAUUCGCUUUGUGUGUAAGCACUGUAAUGAAGGCCAUAGUUGGUGUUGCUGGCGGAGCGACAAGAGCAGCCAUGACGCAACAUCAUGCCAUAAGAGGUAACAUGGCUGAUGUAUCUGCGAAAGAUUCUGCACAGGAGACAGCAGUCAAUUUAAUUGCCUCUAUUACAGCUCUUUUCAUCAUUAGUUUAUUUGGGAAUUCCAUCAUAAUUUUUAUCCUAAUGAUGAUACUUCACAUAAUUUUUAAUUACUUCGCUGUGAGAGCUGUAUGUUUGAGGACUUUAAACGAGCCUAGAUUCUUACAAGUAAUAGAUAUUUAUUUAAAACAAGAAAUCAUUGCAAAUCCUUGUGAGAUUAAUCGUAAUGAACCAAUAAUAUUUUAUCAGUUGGGACCAAAUUUAUUAGACUUAAGACUGUGUGGAUUUCAAAUUAAACUAGGAUAUUCCAUAAAAAAAAUAAUUAAUCAACAACCAAGCGCUGCAUACUUGCGAAAAAUCACUGAAGUUUAUAAUGAUAAAAAAUACUUAUUACUUCCAAAUAUUAGUAAACGAAAGAUGUAUGUAUUAUUAAAAGACGAGGCAGUGAUUGAUGACAUACUAUGUUCCUAUUUCCAUGCCGUAUUACUGUCUAUUAUAGUAUGCGCUAUAAACGACUAUCCAUUGUCUAUAUAUCGCAAUUCAGUAGAUCCACGUCCAUUCGCACAAGUAUGUCACACAUUGCAAUCGGCGGAGUGGAGUCGUGAACCAGCGGAAAAUUCAAAUUCUUCGUCUUUUAGUAGAUUCCAAUACGAGCCCUCGCAAGAUCUUAUGAUAUAUGUAGACAAAAUAGUACAAAAAGAAUGGUUCAGAAUAAGAAGAGGAUUAGCACAUACCGGCUGGGAUCUAAGCAAACAUCUUCUUAUGGUUGACGAAUGGAGAGUAUGCUGUCAAAGUAUAGCCAAUACAAUACCAAUAGAAAAAAGUCUUGACACAAUCAGACAUCCAAGUGGUAAAAUGAUAUCUUUUGGGGAGAUACUAGAAGAAUUUGAAAUGGAUGAGAGCUCUGAUAAAGCUUUUACCAUAGAACCUGAAUAUUCGACGAUGAAACUCCCAGGAAGAUCAAAAUUGAUAAAAUUGGAAACAGCAGAAUGUCAAAUGUCAAAUGAACCAGAAGUCGCACCAAGUGACCAAAUAAAACAAGACUGAAGAAAGUUUUUUAAGUUGUCAAUAAUAGAUAUAAGUCUAUGCUAAUUUUGAACAUAAAAGUAUAUUAUUUAUUGUCUUAGAUUUUACAAAAUAAUAAUAUUUUUCAAUGUCACGAUAUUAAAAAGAGGUAUAUCCCAAUACGCCUGAGAAUAUAGAGUCAAAAUUUAAAUAGUACAAUGAAUUUCAUUUAUGAAUAUAGUACCUAUCAAUUGGUAAAUAUUGAAAUAAUUUUUGAGAAUGUAGUUUCUUCAUGGUCAUUCUCAAUUGACCAGUUCAGGACCUUUAUUUUUACCAAACUGCAAAGGAAAAGAAAGCAUUGUUUUACGAGUAUUUGUAUGUACGUUACAGUAUAUAGCGCCGCGUGUAGGCUAACCGGCUUUAUGAUUUUUUAUAAAUAAGAACUCAUCGUAAGUGUAAUAUCAGCGACGUAACGAUAGCGUACAAAAAAAUAUUAGUCCUAAAAAAAUCUAAUUUAUGUGAUUUGUCAAUUCUAUUAGUUUAAUUCCUCGCCAAACGUCGAAUAGUAUCAUAUUCAUAUUACCCAGUAGGUAGGUAAAUCGCAAGCGAUUGUAAUGUGACAGCGAUUCUCAAAUCUUAUUUGACUUCAAAAUUCACAAAACCAGUUUUCUAUAGUUAACUAACAACUGAAUAUCGAACUCUAAUUAUAAAAAACGCCCAAAUUCCAAUUAUAAAAUGUCUUAUCUAUCUAGGCCUUAAAAAUAUACAGACAGAUUAUACCUGAAUGCUCCAUGCUUCCUAUAUUUUUUAUAGACAUGACUUUGUACCUCGAGCCAAAUUAUUUCAAUGUUACACAAUAAACUUGACCAAUCCAAUGUCCAAAGCACGCGAGAUUUGCGUGAACGACCCCGUAUAUAACAUUAGGGCAAAUAGAUAAUUAGAUUUUAAUAGCAAUAUAAGUAUUAUAGUAAAUAUUAUACGAAAAAUAAGAGUAAUGUCAUGUGGUUUAAAUGAAUUGAAAAAUUUACAUUCCAAGUAGCGAAAUUAAACUCUUAAUUUACAACUAAUUUAAGAUAUUACGUGUAAUUAGGAUUACAAAAUUUGUACAUUACGUAGAAAUUAUAGAAAGAGCCAAUUACGAUUACUUUAGUACAGAUGUGUAUCUAUUAGAUACGUAGUAAAGUAAUAAAAUAAUAAUUAGUUUAU